CUCGACAAAUACAAACGUGGUAGUUUGAGGUGAAAAGACACAGCAAGAGGUAACUCUCGGGAGCGCGCUCCCGGGAGAGAAAGGAGGAAGGGCGGAGGGGGCGCGUGAGCGCGAUUUCCGUGUCUGGUUGGUGGACUGACAGCCAGCUGUGCUACAGCGACAAUAACAACGUCUUGGAUCGGAUACCGACCUAUUUAGAGUACUUCCGUUUUUUUACUCCUCAAAUCUGCACCGCAGAGUCAUUUUUCAGUGGACAUUUGCACACAAAUAAGCGGUGUUAUCGGCGGGCUGAGCGCGUUCCUCCAACAUGAAUCCGUCGUGUAGCAGAUGUAAUCGAGUGGUUUACCCCACGGAAAUAAUGAAUUGCCUGGACAAGCAUUGGCAUAAAAAAUGCUUCACCUGCGAGGUCUGCAACAUGACUCUAAACAUGAAGAAUUACAAAGGCUAUGACAAGAAACCAUACUGCAACGCACACUAUCCCAAGGGAAGCUACACCUGUGUGACCGACACUCCAGAGAACAUCCGCCUCAAAGAGCAGACCAAGAUGCAGAGCAAUGUUCUCUACCGGGAGGAUUUUGAGAAGAAUAAGGGAAAGGGGUUCCAUGCGGUCGCAGAAACGCCAGAAAUGCAAAGACUCAAGAAAACACAGGCCAUCUUGAGCAAUGUCAAGUACCAUGAGGAGUAUGAAAGGACGAAGAGAGGGGCCACACAACCAGCUCCCUACCAGCCGCCUGCUGCUGAGUCGGCUCCUUCUGGUGGCGUCAAGUACCACGAUGACUAUGAUAGGAUGAAGAGAGGAGGGGGAGUGGCCACACAGCCAAACCCUUCCCCAGCUGCUUACCAGCCGCCCGCCGCAGUGUCGGCUCCUGCUUCCUCUGGUGGUAGGUACCGGGCUAUUUACGACUACUCGGCCGCUGACGACGACGAGGUCUCCUUCAUGGACGGGGACGUGAUCGUGGACGUGCAGCAUAUCGACGAGGGCUGGAUGCACGGCAGGGUGGAGCGCACCGGCCAGCUGGGCAUGCUGCCCGCCAACUACGUGGAGGCCAUCUAAGUGAGAGAGCCAGAGAGAGAAAAACCAGUGGAUGUGGAGAAAAGGGAGGGAAAGAAUGAAAGGAAAAGCCCAGUGCCAUCUCAUUUUAACGCCUCUUCUUCUUGCGUUGUCACUCUUUAACUGUCCCGUACGCACCUCCCCGCCCCAGUCCUCCCAGAAAACUCUUCAUCGUCUGCUUCUCUUUCUAUCUGCCUUGCUGACGUUCGUCUCAAAAAUCGUGAUCCGUCUCAGCACUUAACCAACCUCCUUCAGUAGUCUCAAUGAGUCGGGAGUGGGUCUUUGUUUGCUCAAAAUUUGCAGCUAGAACUUGUCUUGACUGGAAUCAGUGUGGAAUCUCAGCUCCAAACAGACUUGCGUACAUUCCUGUCGGCGGCUUUUAAUAUAUUUACCUGUCCAGCACUGCAUUGUGGGUAUUGUUGUGAACUGGAAUCGUAGCCUAACUGAAGCGCACCUCCUGUUAGCAUCACUUUCAGGCGGGAUCAGGGACAAGUUAGGAAAUGGAAUCGCUGCAUUUUCUGUUUAGAAAAGAAAAAAAACCUAAUUCUUUCUCUGCCGCAGUUUCUGAAAUCUUAAAAAAAGCUAUAUUCCCCUUGAAGAAAAGCAGCAAGCACAACUGUGUCCUCUUUCAUGUCUCGUUUUAUUCCACUGCUUCUUUGCGUAACAUUCCAUUCUUUCUAUUGUUUUUCAAUGAGUUGUGGGUGAAAGUGUUGAAUCCUCGUCUGUGGUAAACAUCUGUUUCUCAUGCUGUUCUUUUUUUUUUUUUUUACAAGAUUCUUAUUUUCAAUUAAAAAAGAAAAAGUGUAUUAAACAAAUAAACCAGCAUCUUGAUUUUCGGAGAAGGUGGCAGUAUUAGAUCAUGUCGGGUGGCUUCGCAUUGUGACAUUUCCAUUAUGCAUGAGAACAUGGUGACACUCGAAAAGCUUGUUUAAAAAAAAACAAAAAAGUCAGAUAAAUUAGCUUGUGACUACAAUGCAGCAAUUUCUGUCUUUAGAGGAAAUUGUCAGUGAAUUAAAACAAGUGUAAAUAACAUCAUUGACCUUCGCCUUCACUUCUGGUCAGUGUUUCAGUUGACGAUUCUUCAAGGUUAAAAACAACAAAAAAAAGACUCACUAUUUAGCCUAGAUUUACAUUGUAUCAUUGUAUAUGUAUCAUAUGGUUUUGGGGAAAUGCUUUGUACCCAAACUAUGGAGGCCUGGUGUGCGCGGUCCACCUGAAGACGGUUGAUGAUCAGAGGUAGAAUUUAAAAGCUUGUCAGGUACCAGUUCAGUCAUGUGACGGUGGUCAGUCCAAAACAUCUCAGAAACAAACACUGUACAUCGUGUCCUGCGUCCUCAACUGUGCAGCAGGACGCGUGGAAGCUCUCAUUGUUCUUUGAAUUUUGUGGGUUGCGUGAAGUGAAACCGAAGGAAUGACAGGACAGGACGGGUGGGGUGGUCUUUGCCUGGAGUCCACACGUGUGUGUAACCAUCCUGAAUUCUAACAUCACUACUAACACUGCAUUUUUUUUGUUCUCCAUUCCUAACUUCCUACUCUCAUCAUCAUCACCUCCGUCUCAUCGUCCCCUGCUUCUGGUUAUAGACUUCACAUGUAAGCCACAGUCACAGGUGCAGCAUUCUGACCGUCUUUGUGCUUUCCAUCCUCCUUAUAUCGAUAUCAUUUUUCUUACUUUCUCGACAAUUAUAAUGAAACGUCACCAUAUUGACAUAUUAUUCCAAAUUCAGAACGGCAUUCUCAGAAUUAAGGACCUGAUAUCAUGUAACUUGUUACAGCACAUCAAAUUGUACUUCUGAUUCUGCAGAGUCAAUAAAAAAAAAAUGCCAUUUUUCUCA